UUUGAAACACAUGAAAUAAUACAUCCUCUCCUGGUCUUUUCUAUAGAGUGAAGCGCUGAUUCCAUUUUGAGUGUGAUCUCGAGUUUGUGCUCUCUCCUCUUCAAGUCAAGCAGACGUUGAGGAAGCUUCCUUCUCUCUUUACUGGUGUCAAAGGUCACAGACUUGUCAAGAUGGAAAAAGGACACCUAGGACAAGAAUCAGCCCCACCCUACCCUGGCCCGCCCAUGGCCUAUGGGGGUGCAGCGCCCCCUCCUGGAUUUUACCCGCCCAUGAAUGCAGGACCGCCACCUGUUGGAUACCCUGGAGGUCCAUCUACCACAGCCUCAGUGACUCACUUGGUGGUAACACCUGCCUUGCAAGAUAGCCCUGGAGAAACCAUAUGCCCCCAGUGCCAGCAGACAGUGGUCACCCACGUAGAGCGUCAGGCAGGCCUGAUGGCGUGGGCCAUCUGCGGAUGCCUCGCCUUCUUUGGGUGUUUUCUCUGCUGCUGUAUACCAUUCUGCGUGGACGACUGCAAAGAUGUGGUGCAUCAUUGUCCAAACUGCCACAAGCAAAUCUACAUUCAUAAGCGAUUAUAAAGUGCUGCAAACUGGGAACUUGAUGCCGAUCACCAUUCAUUCCCAGCACUGGGUGUAUUUGGUAAAGUAGACGUUGCAAAUAAUAAGGUCUGUGUAUUUGUGAUGUUUGGAUGCGGCAUUGCAGAUGACGAAUCAAUGAUUAAUCCGUUAGUGGGAAAGCAUGUAAGUGAUGAAUAUUCAGGCUAUGAAACGUGUAUUUAGAAUACAAUUGGAAGUGCUACGAUUCUGUCCAAGAAUAAACGUGUGGAGAUAUAAACAGCAAA